UGGCGGACGUUGCAGAGUCAGUGCAAAGUGGAGUGAAGAGGCUGUGCAAGAGUCUGCUGGACCAGGCCUUCAGAUCUGCUUAUGAGGGCGACUUUUUGCUGACUAGUCUCCAGCCUCCUAGCAAAAAUACGCCCUGGGACGAGUGGAAAAGAGAAAACAUUCUUCGGAUACUUUCUCAAGUGACGUAUGACCUCCUGUUACUACGAAAAUGGGCGUGGUUUGGUAGUUGGAGCCACACCCCUCUCUCCCCACUGUGCUGGUGUCGGGCGUACAGCUAUGGCUACCACACACGUGGAAAAGAGAGGGAGGGAGAGAGGCUCAGCUGUGCACUGGACACAUUCAUUAGCAACAGCUGCAGAGUCCUAGUGGAGAGAGAUGCAAUUCUCACAUUCCUGGUCUCUGCUGGCUGGAGACAUAAACCAACUGCCAGUCCAGAUGGAUUCCUCAGUUGAUAGUGGAAUCCUCUGCCCGGACCUCUGUUCAAGCUCUAUGUUUGAAGAUGCCCCUGGCUCCUCAUCACAGCUCUCGUCCAUCAGUAAUGCUAUAGACCACAGCUCAACACUCUUCUCGUCUCUACCAGGUUCUGGAUUCAGAGGCUUCCUCUCAUCCCAGGUAUAUGUAGGUACAUACAGUAUACUGGAUGAAUGAAAAGUUGAAAGCUUUUUUGCCAUAUGAUGCUCAAUAUGCAGAAUUGCUAAAGUUGGACCGAAAGUGUAUUGCCUGUACAAUUCUUUCAGUUACACCUUUCUUAGCUGAAUUCACUUGUUUUUGACGUUGUCCUCAGUAUGUUGUGUUUGUGUUGCCAUGGUGCAGAGUCUAAGAGAAGACAGACGCCAGGUCUCAGCUCCUUGUUUGACGGUCUGACUCACUCCACCACUGGGUCACCGAAUUCCCUCCUCUCCCUCCCCAAUCUCCCCUCACACCCCUCCCUCCUCUCACUCCUCACUCUUCCUCUUCACAGCUCACCACCCACUACUAAUGUGAAGGCCUCGCCUCCUCCCUCGCCUCCUUGCUCCCCCUCUUCCUCCUCACUGUGGAGUCAACUGUCUACUGACAGUGGGUCCUCACGUUCCUGGGAAGGCUGGCAUCAUAGUCGUCCAUUCCUGACUGAGGCUGGAGAAGAAGCAGUCAAACAUUCUCUCUUCCUCUCUGCGACCCACCUCCCUGUUUCUGUCGGAGAGCCACGCCCACCCGACACACCCGAGGCUCCGCCCAGUGGGCGGGGCCAGGAGAGAGGGAGUGUGGCGCAGGCAUUUGAGUCAGCAGUGACUAGACUACAGCAGUACUGGCAGACUGUUACCGACACUUACCACAGUGUGCCACCAAUGGCAAGACAUGUCGGACUCCAUGACUUACAGCCUCUGCUGAGUUUGCUGUCUUCAGUGCAGAGUGCCCCCAUGUCUGGACUGGAGAUAGUGGACAGGCUGUACAAUCAGUGUUGUGGGGUCCAGGGAACUCCUCACUACCCUCUUCUCCUCUCUCUCUUCUCCCUCUCACUCACCCCAUACACACAUUUCCUCUCACAGUGGCUCUUCCGUGGCUGGCUCGAUGAGAAGGAGGAGUUUGGUAUCCAUAGCAACCACCGUGCACUACAGUGCAGAGAUCAUCACUACUGGACUGAAGGGUACUCUGUCACCGAGGCAUGUAGCCCGACCUUUCUCUCCAGACACAAUGACACUGUUCUGGCCUGUGGGAAGGCUCUCAAUCUCCUUCGACUUGUCCAUCCACAGCAUCCCGUCUGUAGUCAAGAGGUUAAAUGUCCACCAGUUGCCGUGGCAACCUCCUUGGAGAUGCUAGAAGAGUUAACUCGGCAGUGCCAGGCCUAUCUCGAUGGCGUUGUUGAGAAAGUGAAUGAAGACAAGAGAAGACGUCUUCUAAAGGCUGAAGCCGAGGAGCGGGAAGCCGUGGAAGUGGUUCUGGAGGCCCGGAGACGAGCGAGGGAAGCCAUAGUGGCAGCGAGGGAGGUGGAAGAGGGGCUGGAGAGACAGAGACUGAGAGAGAGACGGGAACAACUCCUGGAGCUCAAGACCAGAGCCACCGAGGCCAGACUGUUGAGGAUGGAGCGAGAGAAAGAGGAGAAGGAGAGAGACCGAGAAAUGGUGGCAGUUCUGGUCGGCAGAGACGAAGCUCUCACUGCUCACGAGAAGAAGCUAGCAGAGGAAGCCAGGGCGGAGUUGGUCGCUCACUACGAGGCCCUAGAGAGAAAGGCAGAGAAGAGGAAGUGGCGGGCGGAGUGGAGGGAGGCAAGAUGGAGGCUUGCUGGCAGGAGACGUGAGUGGAUGGAGAGAGAGCACUGGGAGACUGGGGGAGAGGAGGAGAGGGGAGAGGGUGAUGUAUUGAUGGCUGAGAAAGAGACCUUUAGUGAUGAGGUGGUGAUGAAGGAAGUGGCGAUGGUGAACACAGAGUGUAAAGUGGCAGAAGAAAGACAUGAUGCAGCUUCCAGUUCACCACUGACAUUUGUCCCAGCAGAGAACUUGUCUUCUGAUGGAGUGGUAGAUGAACUUUCCACCUGUCUUCCCGAGACUAGCAGCCUGCUACCUUCACUGGUUGAGGUUGAUAAUGAACAGGGGUCUGCUAAUCUUCCCCCUGCUGUUCCCGUGGUAACUCGAGGACAAGCCCCGCCCUCUACUAUUGGAGAUUUGAUUCAACUAUGGAAGGGGUGUGGCUGACCAAACCCACUUGCCAUCUACUAUUCUGACUCAGCAAAAUGCAUUUGUCGUCACGAGGACAAGCCCCUCCCACCACAAUUCAGAAUAUCUUGUACCAUCUGACCUCUGAUGAAGCCACACCCCCUGAACCGUAUGAAGCCACACCCACCAUUGGGGAAUUCCCCUGUGCCCCACCUCAGCCGUACACUCUCUCAUAUCCUCAGCUAGAUGAUGCUCCCCUCGGUGACAUUCUGACUCCUGUCAUUGGCCCCAGUCCAUUCCGACAUGGAAUAGAGACUGACAUCAUGCUAUUGCCCCUCCCUUACCUCCUUGACCACACCCUCUCCCUCCCUCUCCUCACUCAGAACUAUCUGGUGAACUCUGCACUCCUUGAUUACUUCCUCACUUCCUGUCACGUGACCACCCACUUCCUGUCUAUGAAGAGGUUCCUGUUGCUGGAAGAUGGGGAGUUUGCUCACACUCUCUCCUCUCACCUCUUCAACAAGCUGCGGAGUGGGGGCGGGGCCAGGAUGACAUCACCUGCAUUCCUGAACCCUCUCCUCCAAUCAGCUCUCGACUCCAGUCUCCAUGGAAACUCGCCGAAUGCCGAGUUGCUCACAUUUGCAGUCAGCGGUUCCCCUCCUGCACACACUCACGCUGUUGACGCUCUAGACUUCCUUCAACUACAGUAUAAGGUCGAGUGGCCAUGUAAUGUGGUCAUCACUGAAGACUGUCUCAGAAAGUACAACAGAGUGUUCCAUCUCCUGCUGCAGCUGCGAAGAGCCUCGUGGACCCUCAAGACUGUCUUCUCUCUCAUCCAGCAGUGUGAGGGACUGGACAAGCAGCAGAGGAGACAGCUUCAGAUUCACAGGUAUGCCGAUACUUGGUUAGGGGUGUGGUCUCACUGCUUACAUACAGACAUGAGUUCCAGCAUUUUGUGGGUGUUAUGGAAGGUUACAUAACCAACCAACUGUUCUACUUGUCCUGGAGGGAACUGGAAGAAGACCUGGCAACCAAGGUCCACAGUUUGGAUGAUCUAAUUAGAGCCCACCAGAUGUUCAUUGACAAGGCCAUUUUCAGAUGUCUGCUGAGCAAGAAAGCCAUGGCUGUGAUGAAGAUAAUCCAGACUGUUUUCUCUUGCAUCCUUCGGUUCUCAACCACUCUUUCCUCGUCCGCCCUCCCCUCCCCCCUCCACCUCUUCCACUCUCUCUCCCGCACCCACCGCAAGUUCCGCGAGACUGCCGGUCUCCUGAUGAAAGUCAUCAUAAAGCUGGUAGAGAGAGGCUACCAACCACAUCUGGAAGACUUUCUACUCAGACUCAACUUCAACAAUUUCUAUGGCUAGCAUUGUACGUUACGUGUUCGAUACUGCUACGUACUGUUGCGUAAUUUCAUCGUUACGUUUACGUGAAAUCUCGUUCGGUAUGUCGUGAGAGGCGGACAUGCCAUGGCGAAUUUUUGUGAGACGUGCUCUGAACCAGCUAGCUGACAGCCAGAGGCUAGCCGAGACGGCGCCGCUCAGACGAGCGGCCCAGCUCCUUGUCUUCCUGUGGGUGAGGCUGGGAGAGAGCGCCGGGCAGCUGGGAGGACUGCAGGCCCGCCGAAUGGAGGCUAGAGGUCACGGGAGGCUCGUGCGAAUAGCCAGAAACUUUGCAAAGAACCUCAGGGAAGAGGUCAAGAAAAUCGAUGGGAGUGGGCGGGGCUAGAACUUGGGACUUGUGCAAAAAUGUGCAGUGAUUCUUGUAAACAUGCAUGAAUGUUUUGUUGAGUGAGAGGUGGUUUAGUUCAUGACUGUGUUCUCGAGAGGUUCUCUGUGGUUGGUAGCUGAUCCUCUGUCCACAGAGGGUUUGAGGGAGACGUGGCUGUAGUGAUGUGUACUGGCAGGCCCUUCAAAGUCAGCGACGGUGUGUCCCUGGCCUUGCAGCACCCACUGCGACGUCAUUAGACCCUCUUUACCCACGGGACCUCGAGCGUG